UUGGGCUCGGUUCGAGGAAAAUACGACUGAGGGUCACUGUCUGUCUUGCUGUGGUUGCAGAGAGGUGUCGGUUUUAUAGAAGCAAUGUUCCGCUGAUGAGUUUUUGAUCCAGAAAAGCAGAAUCUGUAAAUAACUUUCUAACUUUACCGAGGAACCGCACAGUCCGAUCAAAGUUUCGCUUUAAGUCUUUCUGUGGCGCAGCAGGAGAUGAAGCUCCCAGUGCUGAUUUAUUAAAUCAGUAUGAAUAGAAAUUUAGCGUUUAGUAAAUUAAUUUUACUUAAUUCAUUAUAAAACUCGGGCAGAUAAUGAUUUGAUAUCAUUUCAAAGUCAUCCUUAAUCAAGCUCAGAUAAAUCAGGCCUGUACAAUAUGGCAUCUGCAGGUGAUGAAGCUGAAGAUGAUGUCAGAACCCAGCAGCGCAGAAACAGCCCAGACCUUGACCGGCCAGACUUCUCAGAGCUUCGGGUUGUUCUGCUGGGGAACAGCUGGUCAGAGAGGAGAUCUGUGGGGAACUUCAUACUGAAAGAGAAAAGGUUCAUCACUGAAAAAGCUCCUGGCCAGUGUGAGAAAUUUAUUACAGAGUUUGAGGAGAAGACAGUAACCAUCAUCAACACCCCAGACCUCCUGCAAGCCAACGUGUCUGCAGACAAACUCAAUGAGCAUGUGGAGACCUGUGUGAGAUUCUCUUAUCCCGGACCUCAUGUGUUCCUGCUGGUUCUACAGCCUGAAAACUUCACUGAAGAACAAAAACUGAGACUCUGUGGGUUCCUGACACGUCUUAGUGAUCGAUGGUUUGAUCAUUCAAUGGUUCUGAUUUCCACACCCAGAGAGAGGAGUGAAGCUGAUGAUUCACCUGACCUACUCUUAAAAGAGAUGAUUGUUAAAUGUCAGUACAGACACUUGAAGCUGAAGAACAUUGAUCAUCUUGAGCUGUUAACACGUUUAGGUCAAAUUAUAAAAGAGAACAAUGGAUAUUUGAGCUGUGAUGUAUUUAAGGAUGCAGAACAAAGACUAACUGAAGAAGAUGUCAAACAAGAGGAAGCCAGUUUGGUUUUCAGUCCCACACAAGACAACGCAGAUGGACUCAGGAUUGUGAUAUUUGGAAAAAGUGAGGACUAUAAGAACUCUCUCUGCAAAUCCAUCAUGAAGAAAAAGCAAAUUCCAUUUAUUAAACUUAACCCCUCAAAGCACAGCGUGGUGGCUUGUGGAGAAUGGAGAGGAAAACCAGUGAAGGUUGUAAAAUCUCCUGACAUCUUCAGUCUCUCAGUGGAAACUUUAAUAGAAGAACUGCAGAGUUGUAUGACGCUUUGUCUUCCUGGACCAAAUGUUCUGCUGCUGUUAGUGAAGCCUUCAGAGUUCACUGAGAAGAACAGAAAAACACUGAAGUUUGUUUUGAGCUUGUUUCAUCAAGAUGCCUUCAAGUAUGCCAUGGUCGUCACAACACAUGAACAUGAAAUGAGUCCCUCUGUUAAUGAACUUCUGAAAGAAUGUGCUGGAAGAUACUACAGCAUGUUUAGAGAAGAUCAUAACAUAUUAAUGCAGGAGAUCGAGAACAUUUUGGAUAGAAAUGGAGGAACAUUCCUCACCUUCAGAGAUGAGAUCAGCAGACCCCAACGUAAACAGAUAAAACCUCCUCUAAACCUGGUUCUGUGUGGAACUAGAGGAGCAGGGAAGACCUCAGCAGCCAAGGUCAUUCUAGGUCAGACAGAGCUUCAUUUAGCCUCCAACUCAUCAGAGUGUGUUAGAAACCAGGGGCAGGUGUGUGGACGUUGGGUUUCUCUGGUGGAGCUGCCUGCCUUGUAUGGAGAAGCUCAGCAGAAGGUGAUGGAGGAAUCAUUCAGGUGUAUCUCCCUCUGUGAUCCUGAGGGUGUCCACGCCUUCAUCCUGGUCUUACCUUUGGGUCCUCUCACCGAUGAAGACAAGGGAGAGCUACAGACCUUCCAGGACACCUUCAGCUCUCGGGUCAAUGACUUCACCAUGGUUCUGUUCACUGUGGAGUCAGAUCCUAAACAUCCGGCUGUUGUUAACUUUGUAAGCCGAGACAGAGACAUCCAGAAGCUCUGUCGGAGCUUUGGAGAAAGAUAUGUUGUUGUCAACAUGAAGGAUAGGCAGCAGAUCCCAGAACUGCUGGAGAAGGUGGAUAGAUCAAUCAUUCACAAGAAUAGUCCAUUUUUUUACACAUCAGAGACAUUCAUAAGAGGCCAAAUACAGAAGAGCAUACAGCAAGAUGAACGUAUCACCAGACUAGAGGCUGAAAUGAAGAAACUCAAAAAGACACCGUCAGAUCUGUGUGCGGAAUCAGAUCAGAGCUCCAAGUGUCUGAGGAUUGUGCUGAUUGGAAAGACCGGUUGUGGAAAGAGCUCCUCUGGAAACACAAUUCUGGGACGUAAAGUCUUUAAAGCUGAGACCAACCCCAAAUCAGUCACAAAACGUUGUCAGAAAGAACAAUGUGAGGUGGACGAUCGUCCUGUUGCUGUGGUCGACACUCCUGGUCUGUUUGAUGACAGUUUGACCCAUGAAGAAAUUAAUGAGGAGACUUUAAAAUGUAUGAGCAUUCUGGCUCCAGGCCCACAUGUCUUCCUGCUGGUAUUACGGAUCGGGAGAUUGACACCAGAGGAGAAAGAGACGUUGAAAUUAAUAAAGGAAGGCUUUGGGAAAGAUGCAGAAAAGUUCACCAUCCUUCUUUUCACAAAUGGAGAUACACUGGAACAUGAUGAGCAGACAAUCGAAAGUUACAUAGAAAAAGAUAAAGAUUUCUUAGAGAAGCUGAUCUCUGACUGUGGAGGAAGAUACCAUGUGUUUAACAACCAUGAUAAACAGAACCGAACGCAGGUCAGUGAGCUGAUCAGAAAGAUCGACACCAUGGUGAAGCAAAAUGGAGGAAGCUGCUACACCAACGAGAUGCUGCAGGAGGCUGAAACUGCCAUCCGGAAAAAAGCUGAGAACAUCCUGAAGGAGACGGAAGAAGAAAUGAAACGAGAGAAGGAGGAGCUUAAAAGAAAAUAUGAUGAAGAAAUGCAAGAAAUGAAAAGAAAAAUGGAAGAACAAAAAGAAAAACUAAGACAGGAAGCAGACAAGAAAUUAAAGGAAAUGAAAGAACAUAUUGAUAAAGAGCAUAAACAGAGAGAGAAGGAGCAGGAAGAGAGAGAAAAGGAAAAGAGAAAAAGAGAAACAGAUGAAAAAACUCAUCGACAGAAUCUGAUAAGGCAUCUUGAAAUUCUAGACAAACAAGUUCAGUCAGAAAAAGAGGAAAAGAAGAGUGUCAACAGAGAGCUGGAAAUGAUCAGGAAAGAGAAGGAGAAAUAUAAGGAGGCUUGGGAAAAAGAACGCAGAGAAUGGUGGGAAAAACAAAAAGAAGAGGAGGAGAUGAGAAAACAGGAGGAGCAAAGGAAAAGGAGAGAACUUGAGGAGCAGUACAAGAAGGAAAUUGAAAGAUAUGAAGAGGAAAGAAAGAUGGAGGAACAGAUCAGAAGAGAACAGGAAGAAAAAGAACGAAAGAUUUUAGAAGAAAAACUGGAAGGACUUCAAAAGGAAUACGAAGAGAAAGCAAGAGAGGAAGCUGUCAAGUCAAACGAAUUCCAGGAGAAAUAUAAAAAGGAGUUUGAGGCUCAGAAGGAGGUUCAUGAGAAGCAAAUGAAGGACCAAGAUGAGAAGUAUGACCUGUUGAAGGUGCUGGCAGCACAUAAAGAAGCAGAAAAGAGGAAACGAUAUCAGGCAGAAAUUAAUAAUUUAGUGAAAUGUGUUUCAAAGAAGAAAGAAAAUCUGACAGAAGUCAAAGAUUUACUAGUGAAACAUGAGCAAGAAUUAAAUCAAAAGAUAACACAGGCAGAAAAAGAAGAACUGCAGAAAAAUCAUGAAACUGAAAUAAGUGAACUUGUGGAGAAACUUCUUACAGCUGAGAGAAAAUGUUGGAUUUUAUGAGGAGAAUUUUUUGCCUCAGCUAAUCUGAAAAAUUGUUGUCUGUACAUUUCUGAAAUAUCCAUGUGAACAUGAGACAAAUGUUCAUGGUAUCAAAGUUUGAUCAGUGUUGGGAAUUAGAGGUGUGGUAGGGCAGAGUGGGGUAAGAUAAGCUACUUUUACCUUUUCGUUCUUCAGGCAAAAUUAAAUGACACUCGAGUAAAAUGAAAACAUCUACUCAUAAUUGUGACUGUUGUCUAACAAAUUAAAAUACAAGAAUGAGUCUGCCACAAACAGCUAUGGCAAUAUAACAUCAGAAAAAAUGAUUCAAUUCAAUUCAGUUUUAUUUAUAUAGCGCCAAUUCACAACAAAUGUUGUCUCAAGGUUCUUCACAACAGUCAGGUUCAUACAUUCCAAUUAGUCCUAACCAUUGAACAGUGCAGUCAGUUAUUUAUUCAAAGUGGCUCAAUUUGCCCCAGGCCUGGGAUAAAUUGAUCCAUAUUACAGGGUAAAAUGACCCAUCUAUUUUUCUGGUCUGUUGUGGUGAAGAAAGAACUGAGCCAGAAAGCAGAGCUCUUCUGACCGUCACUUAUGGUCAUGAGAUACAGAUCAUGACCAUAAGAACAGGAUCCCGGAUACAAGUGGCCAAUACAUGAUUCCUUCAGAGGGUUGCUGGACUCAGCCUUAGAGACAGGGUAAGGAGCUCCUUAAUCCCACAAGGGCUCAAAGUAGAGCCUCAGCUUCUCCACCUCGAAACAUCGUGGUCAGCUGACGUGGUUCAGAUAUCUGAUUAGGAUGACCUCUAGUUGCCUCCCUUCUGAGGUUUUCCAGGCAUGUCCCACUGGGAGACCACGGGGAAGACCCAGAUGGAUGGAUGGAUGGAUGGAUGGAUGGAUGGAUGGAUGGAUGGAUGGAUGGAUGGAUGGAUGGAUGGAUGGGUAUCAUCAAACUUUUCUAAUCAAUGCAGUAUAGUAUCCAUUAUGUCCUGCAGACUAUACCUGCUUUGACCAUUAAUUGUCCAGUUGUUCAGGACAAGAAUGAUGUUUUUUUGUGGAAACUCAAAUGCCAACUCACGGCUCCUCUUUGUAGUAAGGCAACAUUUUGAAGUGGUCAGCCAGCUCUUUCUACAUCUCCAUCUCCACUGUAUAGACUCUAUUUGCUCUCUUGUUUCACUGUAGCCCAUUGCUUUCUGUGUUUUGACCUCACUAUGAACCCUUUGCGGUGUUGAUCUACCAAUGUUUCUGUCCAUUGCCACAUAUUUGAUGGAUUUCCAUCCUUGACAUCUGAAAGUGUUUUCUCCAUCUUCUCCAAGAUUGUUGAGCCCAAGUUGGACCUUCUCCUAUACAUUCUUGGCAUUUUUACAUUAUGCAAUUUGGAAAGAUAUGACUGACAGUUAUUAACUUUCAGCUGGGUAAAGUCAAACCAGUGGUUCAAUUUAACCCAUGACCUUUAGCUCACUUUGCCCCAUAGCCACCAUUUUGGACAAAAUGGUCCAGUUUAACUAAUAAAGUUGGGAAACCACCAACAUAUACCAUGUGCAACAAUAGCUAAAAGAAAUGUACCUUGAUGCAACUUUCAUUGAACACAAAACAUUAAGGAAAAAAUGGUUAUUUAUAGAAAAACAAUCUUACCACUUGUCACAUGAUGGUUGCCUUCUGAAAGCAAGGUCACCUGACCCCAGAAAAGCAUGGUUGCUAGGAUACAGGGGGUGGCUCAUCUUAUCCCACUCUCCUCUUCCUGUUCUGUUGAGUUCUUAAAAUAUAUUUGAAUCUAACCCUGGAGAAUGUUAUUGCCAUCUGCCAGCACAUUCAAGAAGAAGAAACAGCCUCUAUAAAUAGGACUGUCCAUUGGUGAGUGUGAGCCUGGCUGUGUUGCUCAAUGCCGUGUGGGGUGCAGAUCUUCUCCUGUGGGCUUCUCCCUGCUUCUGCUGAACCUGGUACACAGAGAAGCCCCAGGUAGAUGUGGUCACUUCCAGAGCCUUUAAAGAAAUGUGUCCAUUGUUGGAGAAAAUAUGAUGAUGAUAUGCAUCACCCAGAGCUGUCUUGUGCACUGUAACUGUACAAUAGAAAAGUUAUGUGAAUUUUCCUAAGAUUCUGAAGUGUCUGAUUUUCUUUUUAAUAGAAAGUGGAAUAAAUUGUGACUCAAGGUUUGUUUUUUCUUCUAGGCAAUUAAAUAUGGGAUGCCAGUAAUGCA